AUCAAGAGAAAGAAAGAAACAGAACAGAGAGAGUUUUCUUUCUGAAGCUUAAAGAAACAAACAUCUUUGUUUCUCAAGUACUCUUCAGAAGUUUCAGAAACAACGGAAUGGCUUACAAAGUAUCCGAUGAGAUGUUGGGAACCUUUGUACCUGUUCUAGUUUACUGGGCGUACUCUGGCCUUUACAUGCUACUGGGUUCCUUCGACAAAUACCGGCUGCACUCCAGAAAGGAGGAAGAAACCAAGAAUUUGCCCUCAAAAGGAACUGUUGUCAGAGGCGUUCUCAUUCAACAGGCAUUUCAGAUUGCUGUAGCUAUCAUCCUAUUCACGGUGAUAAGCAAAGAUGAAAGGACUGGUACAAACUUGCAACCUUCCUUCUUCAUGGUGGCAAGACAGCUUGUAGUUGCAAUGCUGGUCUUAGACACAUGGCAAUACUUUGUCCACAGAUACAUGCACAUUAACAAGUUCUUGUAUCGCCAUAUCCACUAUAAGCAUCACAGCCUUGUUGUGCCUUUCGCAUAUGGAGCUCUAUACAACCACCCACUUGAGGGGCUGCUUCUCGACACAGUUGGUGGUGCCAUCUCUUUCCUCAUCUCUGGCAUGACCCCUCGUACUGCCAUCUUCUUCUUCUCCUUUGCGACCAUUAAAACAGUCGAUGAUCAUUGUGGGCUGUGGCUUCCUGGGAAUCCCCUCCAUGUUUUCUUCAGCAACAACAGUGCUUACCAUGAUGUCCACCAUCAGCUCUAUGGUGGAAAAUACAACUUCUCGCAGCCAUUUUUUGUUAUGUGGGACAAAAUUCUUGGAACAUACAUGCCGUAUUCCCUGGAAAAGAGAAAGGAUGGGGGUCUGGAAGCAAAGCCAGUCAAAGAUUAGAAGUCUUUGUGAGUGCCACCCAGAGUCACAAAGUUGUUUGUUAGCAUAUCUUGCAGUCACUUCAGAGAUACGUUUGUGGACUUCCCAAUUAUGUAAACAAUAAUGAGACUGCUUGUUUGUAGCAGCUCUAUGAUGUCCUCUCAAAGCAUGAAUGUUAUAACUAACAGUCCUUACAACCAGAAAAGGCUAUGUGAUGUAGCUAUCUGAAUUUAAGACCUCUAAAAUAGUUGACCGUGUAGAUCAUUAGAAGCCGAUACAAUGUUGGAACGGUCCUCUUGGUAAUCCUAGCCAGUUUCUCUCUGGCUCAGUAAUAUUUGAUGAGAGGGACCAUCAUGCUGCAGCACCUCUGCUUCAUUUUUUUUAACCAACAUCUGAACAAAACAUACAUAUCGGAAUGACUAAUCCUUCUGUAUUUUUUCCACAAAUAGCUGAGAAAAGUCAGAUAAAUCACAUAAUUCGAAUUUCGAAUUUCACACACAAUGAGAAAACAUUACAGAUCCGCCAAAGGAAAAUAUCCAUUACUGAAGGCCUUGUAUCCAGACCCAGGUUAAACUCUAAUUCCACCAACAUGACCAAAAACCAGCAAGUUUUUAACU